CUUCGUUGUAUCAAACAUUCACGAUGCCUCGUUACACUUCCACACUCUGCCUACAUAUAUCUAACAUCUAUCCCCACCCAUUCUCGCAUCUUCUAAACUUCUUCGGUGAAAGUUCACACUACACAGACCGCUUCCAAUCUUGUUCAUUCCUUUGGGUGGGUUUUCUCUUUCUGAUCGCAAAUGGCUACUAAAACUUUGCCAUGUUCUACCUCACCUCUGGUGUCAAACAAGUUUUUAAACCCUUCGGAUAAGGCAUUUAGGCCGUGCUCUGUGUUCUUUCCGUCUGCAUGUAAUGCAAGAAAGCCCUCUAGGUUGUCUGUCGUGAGAGCUAGGGCGGCCGGAGAUGACAAAGAUACAUCGGUGGAUGUUCAGAUCAGUAAUAAAGGCGACAAACAAGGGACUGCCGUUGAACGCCGGCCUCAAAGGGCGGUGACCGAUAUCUCUCCUCUCGGACUAUUGGAUCCCUUUUCUCCAAUGAGAACAAUGAGCCAAAUGCUAACCACAAUAGACCGACUACUUGAUGACGCCCUGACCUUCCCAUUCACUGCAAGGAAACUAUCGACCGGGGAGAUACGUACCCCCUGGGAAAUUCAAGAAGAUGAAAAUGAGAUUAAGAUGCGUUUCGAUAUGCCUGGACUGUCCAAGGAAGAUGUCAAGGUUUCUGUGGAGGAUGAUGUGCUUGUCAUUAAAGGAGAGAAGAAGAAGGAAGAAGGUGGAGAUGAUUCAUGGUCAGGUAGCUUCAGCUCCUACGACUUUCGUCUUCAGGUCCCGGAGAAUUGCAAGAAGGAUGAAGUCAAAGCAGAACUCAAGAAUGGAGUUCUUUUCAUCUCCAUUCCCAAGACCAAGGUGGAGCGCAAGGUGACUCAUGUAGAUAUUCAGUAAAAUCUUUGUGGGUUUCUACGAGGCUGUCUCUGUUUCAAAUUCUUUGCUCAGUUUGUGGUGUAUGCGAGUAUUAAUAUAGAGUGCUGCUCUUUUUUCCCUCUUAUCGAUGUGUACUGUAGUCCAUGUAUAUAUGUAAGAUCGAGUUAAGAUUGAGUUUGCAGAUUUCAUCCCAACAUCAUGGCUCGUUGAAAUAUUGUAAGUCAUAU